AAUCAGUUUGGGAAUACUGACGGUCUUAAGGCACAGUCAGACAUAGUCUUGAAGUCUAUCUGCGCAGGCUAAAUACCGAGGAUCUCCGCGUUCUUGAAGUUGCUUCAAGUUGAGCGUCUCACAAAUACAUAGUUGUCCAUAGGCGCUAAACAGGACGGCCAUUGCCGACCUGCAUAUGAGGGGGGAAUUAUUGCUGUCUGUCCGCAUCCAUGUAGAUGGCUUUCACACUACGGCGACGGAGUCUUGUACGUAUCCUCCUUCUGGUGGCUUUCGCUCUUUUAGUUCGACUCUUUAUCGUCUCUCCCUCUUCCCCGGCCUCCUCAGUUGCCGCCUUCUAUGCCUCAGAUCCACAGGAGAUACGCAAGCAAGGCGUCCUAGACCUUGUCACCCGUGCAGAGAAAGGCCUCGAUGCUAGGAAACACAAGUUCCUCCAAGUGCGUAUGGGGAGGGACGAACGGGAGGAUUUGUUUGGUGAUGUGAUUCGGGAUGGUACGCUGGACUAUUGGGAACGCUUCCAAAAGCCAUACAUGACUGGACGUGAUACAGCUCAUAUGGAUGCCCAAGGCGUUCUGUCUUCGAUAGAGCAACUUCUCACUUUGAACGGUUGGGUUGCUGGUCUAUGUCCGACUCUUAGUCGACCAUUCGGUCAGAACAAGUAUGAAAGAGCCUACGACGAGCUCACGAAAGAUGGGCAACUUUACUACAUUGGACUUAUCAUCCAUUCUGCCGACCAUUUCCUCGUCGACCAGCUGGCCGUAAUCGUACAGCUCACCAAACGUCUGGGCACAUCUAACGUCUUUGUGUCUAUGCUGGACUACGAUUCAUCAGAUUCUACUGCCACCCUAACGGACCUGUGUGAAGCCGCCCUUACUCUACUUGGUAUUCCGUUCAGGAUUAGGAGGGUACCAGGCAUGACUGCUGACCCUACCGCCGCUUAUUACCCAUUGGAGGAAGCGCACACGCGGAAUCUCGCACUAGAGCCGUUACAUGAGCUGCUGGAGAAACGGAAUAUUCGUUUCCAUCGUGUUAUCUGGCUUAAGGGCUUCACGUGUCCCAGUGACAUUCUUGAGACGAUCAAAAUCAGUCUUGUGAACGAAGCUGCCAUGGUGUGUGGAAUGGAUUGGGCGGAGCACAAUGGGUUCUUCAUCUUCUCUGACCGAUGGCGGACGCGUGACAUUAACGGUGAUCAAUUCCGUCAAUCUAAAUCAUCCUCACUCGAUUCUGCUUCACUUACUUCCGUCCCGCCUCGAGAGAAAGUUGCCGCCCAACGUUAUUCUCAACAUCUCCCCUUCCAAGUUUUCUGCUGCGAAGCCGGUACACACGUCGUUGACCCUGCUCAGUCGUAUUAUGCUGGAAUCGCUUACCGAGCCAGUACGGACUUCCACAAUGCUACUCUAACACACGACCAGAAACCACCACGACCAGAUUCCAAAUGCCUUGAUAGCACCCAGGCGUGGUUCUGUCGAGACUUGUGGGUUGCAAAGGCCAAAGAGGGUAUCAAGGAAGUUGACGCUGAACUGGAGCCUCCUGCACCGAUAGCCAACGUCAGGCGAUCGAUCCAAGUACGUGCUGAUGAAGAGAAGGAGAAGGCGGGAAGACCUGCCGCUGCCGAUGAUGAUAUUGGUCCACCGAAGGCUCAACAGAAACAGGAUGUUGACGCGAAUGCUGGCUCCGAUUUCGACGCAUCUGACCUGCCUCUCGCCGACCCGCCACCGGCCGAUGAGUCGAGACUUACGAUACCUAACGGUGUGUUCCUACCUGCUAGGAUUAUGGUCAACCCGAGGUGUGUUACUACGUAUGCUGGUGUGAGUCAUACGAGGCUAGCACUAGAUUUGUUUGGACCUCCGGAUCGGGAGGAUAAGGCCGAAGGGAAGGGUAGUGAUGUCUUGGAAGAUUGGGAAGGUGCACCGGAUACGUUCGUUUGCCAGGAACAACAGUGGGACAACUGGUGGACGACGUGCUGCUAAAAACCAGAGACGAUUGGGCUUCUCUAUACACCAAGAGUUGGAAGAAUCAUAUGGACAUAGUAAUGGACCCGUAUGAGUGGACUAUAAUGACGCUAGAUUUCCUUAGUUUUCUUUCUGUAAUGUAAUGCAUGGGAUAUUUGGAUGCUAUUUGCCUUCUCACUCUCC